ACGCCUUCAUGGGAGGAUCUUCACAAGCAAUAUAAAGUGUCUGCUUGACUCUCUUGUCAUUGUGUCCUGAGCUCAUACAUUCAGAACAAGAAAGCAAAUUCACUUCAGAGAAAACAGCUUAACAAGAUGGCCAAGCGUGUAGCUGUGAUCCUGUCAGGCUGUGGUGUGUAUGAUGGCACAGAAAUCCACGAGGCAUCUGCUAUAAUGGUGCACCUGAGUCGAGCAGGUGCCAAGGUUCAGAUGUUUGCACCUAAUGUAGAGAUGAUGCAUGUGGUGGACCACUGCAAAGGGCAGCCUGGUACAGAGAAAAGGAACGUGAUGCAGGAGAGCGCCCGCAUCGCCCGGGGGGAUGUCACAGACCUGGCCAAGCUAGAUGUCACUGCCUUUGAUGCACUCAUCAUCCCAGGUGGGUUCGGAGUAGCUAAAAACCUGUGCGAUUGGGCCAUUAAAGGAAAGGAGUACUCCAUCAAACCCCAGGUAGAGAAGAUCAUAAAAGAUUUCCAUAAAGCAGGGAAGCCCAUGGGCAUGUGCUGCAUCUCACCUGUGCUCGCCGCUAAAGCCAUUCCAGGUUGUGAACUCACCUUCGGCCAUGACUCUGAGUGUGACACGUGGCCGCACGCUCAAGUCGCAAAAUCCAUGGUGGAGAUGGGCUGCAAACACAUGAACAAAAAUGUAGAUGAGGUGCAUGUUGAUAAGAAAAACAAACUGGUGACUACCAGUGCAUUUAUGUGCAAUGCUGCCAUCCAUGAGGUCUUUGAUGGUCUGGGUGUAAUGGUCUCAGAAGUUCUUAAACUUGCUUAACAUUUCCACUGUAGAAGUGUAGACAUUUCUACUUUAAAUGUGUGUAUACAAUUUGUUUGGAGGCCAGAAGAUGACUUUAGCAAAAUUUAGAAUCAACUGAGGAUUGUAAAUGUUUGUGUUUUUGUGAUUAAAUAUACAUAAAAUUGAGUUGCUGAAAGCAA